AUGGAAGAGAAUUUUCUUAAUAAACGCCCUGAGAAUUCAGCAGUUGAAAUUGAUGAUGAUGCUGCUGUCCACAAGUUACGACUUCUUGCCGUCGACGCUCAGAUUUUCAGCCUUCAGUAUCUUAGUGUUGUGCUCCAUAAGUGCAACUACAAAGUUAAAGCAACAACAUCCGCUGCUGAAGCUCUAGAGAUAUUGGGAGCAAACAAAAAUGAAUUUGAUGUUGUGCUUGUUGAUGUUGAUAGUGCUAACAUCAAGGGUUUUAAGCUUCUGGAGAUUAUAGGACUUGAGAUGUAUAUACCUGUGAUAAUGGUGACUGGAGAUGGCAGUCUAGAAAACAUAAUCAAGGGUCUAAAUUAUGGUGCUGUAGAUUACAUCAUAAAGCCCGUUGGGGUGCAGGAGAUCAAGGAUGCUAUUUGGCACUGCGUUGCUCCUAACAACACCGACUGGGGUUCUCAACAAUCUACGGACACCCAUGAAUCAUCGGACCACCAAAAUGUGAAGCCUUCGGAGCAUUCCGAUGCUAGUUUUACAGUUGAAGAUGACAAACACAACACUCCAUUAGAUGAUGCCUCUUCUAGUUGUCAGAGGAAAAAGAGGAUGGUAUGGACCCCGGAGCUUGAUGCCAAGUUUGUAAGAGCUGUUCAGACACUGUCAAAGGGUUCAAUGGUUCAUCCAAAAAGGAUACUUGAAAUAAUGAAGGAACCGGGACUCACCCGGGCAAAGGUCGCUAGUCAUCUGCAGAAAUAUAGAAUGUCGUUGAAGAAGCAACAAAGUUUUGAUAUAGAAAGUGUUACCCGGUUUUCAUCCACAAAGAGAACCAACCGCAGAUAUGGGAAAGCUGGCGAUGUUAAUGCUGAUCCUGUAGCUGUUCCAAGCUUUAAUCCAUUUAACUCCUUGGAGGACAUCAUGCUGGUGGAUCCAGAGAAACCAUAUCAAUCAGUUCCUUAUAGUUGUUUGGAUGAUCUAAACUUUCAAACCCCAGAUUUCAAAUCUUUUAAUUAUUAUAAUUACUGCUUAGGAAUGAAUAUUCAGCCUCAUAAUCUUGGAUCCGAGCCUCUUCCAGGGAUUACAUCUCGGCCACCAUACUUUCAUGAUGUGGGCUCCGAGGCUAGUAGUCCUAGCAGUGCGCCAUUUUAUCCAUCCUCAAAUGCAUUCUUGGCACCUGAAACAGAUGUUCCUUUCCAGUCCUCUUUUGCUGUUGCUUCUGUCCCAAAUCGUUUUCCGGUUAAGCGAUCAUGGACCACCGGGCAGUCUACGAAUCUUGGCAACUUACUCCUCUCAGCAGCCAGAAGGCUCUUAUAA